AUGGCCGGCUAUUCGGGAUACCUCAUUUGGCGCAUUUUUCUUGGUAUCGACAGCUACCAGUACCCAGUCAAGAAUUACGGGGAUCUCGGAUUCCGAACCCUUGGUCGGUUUGGGCGAUAUGUCACAAACGUGUGCCAAGGGAUCUCCCUGCUAUUGAUCCUAGGCCAAGUUACAAUACUCUUCGGCCAGAAUAUCUCUCAGGUGUCCAAAUUUCAUCUAUGCUACUGUGUAUGCCCUGCAAUCUUUGCCUGUGCUGGUUUCCUUCUGUCCCAGGUGAGGACUCUGAGAAAUUAUGGUUGGUUCGCAAACUUGGCUGUUUGGAUGAAUCUUUUGGUGGUAUUUAUUAGCAUUGGUGCUAUGGCAAAUUCUCCUCCAAAUUAUCAAAUAUCCAGACUGGGAUCUGCAGGAAGUGCUGUGGAUCCGAACACAAUAAUGCCAGACAAGACUGGUAGCUACCCACCGAUUAUUCACUAUGUCACACUUCCGACAAGCAGACUGAUUGGCGCAGUCAAUGGAAUGCUUUCUGGUGUUACAGCAUACGCAGGAGCUCAAUUAUUCGUUGAAUUUCUCGCUGAAAUGAAACGACCCCGAGAUUUCAUAAAAGCAAUGUGGGGAGCCCAAUUCUUCAUUUACACCGUUUAUCUCGUUUAUGGUUGUGUUGUCUACUAUCUCCAAGGACAAUACAGCUAUAAUCCUAGCUAUCAGGGAGUUAGCGUCUAUAAAUGGCAAACUGUCGGAAACAUGGUCUCUCUGCUCGCUGCGCUAAUUUCGGCAGGUUUGUACGGUAAUAUUGGCAUAAAGGUUGUCUAUAACAAUAUUCUCCUUGACAUUUUCAAAGCGCCAUCACUAUCAACUAGGCGUGGGAAAAUCAUAUAUUCCCUUAUGGUACCACUAUGGUGGAUUAUAGCAUUUGUUAUCGCAGCAGCUAUUCCUGACUUUUUCGGAUUCGUUAGUAUCGUGGCAGCCGCCAUGCUCUUGAAUUUGACUUAUGCGUUCCCUCCAUUAUUUGCUCUGUGCUUCGAUAUCCAGAAAAAUGCUAUUCAGGCAGAGCAAGGGGAAGGUUUCAAUCAAACAACUGGAGAGGUUUUCCGACACGACAUAAACAGCAAAAGGUGGAUUCGCGGCUUCCUUGCUGGCGGACCUUUCCAAGUUGCCCUCAAUACAUGGCAUAUAAUUUACUUCUUCGCAUCCCUCGCCAUGAGUGGUCUUGGCUUGUACGCAGCCAUCAUUGGAAUGGAUGAGGCAUUUAAAAUCCCCCAACUUAAUUCGUUUUCUUGUGUCUCGCCACUGAACUUGGAGGCUGCAGCCUCGUAG